AUGUAUAAAGGAAUCAGCACAAGCAGAAGCUUCUCGGAGAAAAUGGGCAGCGUUGCUCCACUAGCCAUUGGCACGCGAGGCACUGUGGGGUCGCUGGUGAUGAAGGAGAUCGAGUACUUCACCAAGCUUGAACUCGAACGCCAUGGCGGCUCCCAGAGGAUAACUGCUGAAGCUUCGAGAAGAGGAGAUUCAAAGCCAAGCUUCUGGCUUCUGUCGUCCACUUGGAAGUGGAAGAAGAGAAGAUCAGGCAGCACCAAUGGGAUUCUCCCUAACAUUUGCUCUGCUGUUGAAUUGUCAAAAAGCAAUCGCUUUAAUGGGAUUCCUGGUUUUGGUUACAGGAUUCUCAAAGAAGAUGUCAAUUACUUUACCAUUUGA